AUGCAUCUGAGCGACAUUCGCGACGUGUUCGACAAGGAGAACCUCUCGGAAAAGGCAUGGCAGUUGCGUUGCAAGCUUCUUCCCCACAAAGAAGAAGUUGGGCGUCCCAUUUCCGAUAUCGAGGGGAGUCUCUCCGACGACGACCCAAAGAAGCAGCAGUCACCCAAAAACCCCACCUUCGGCGUCGAUGCCACCGUCAAGACCUACUAUGAGGGCAAGAAUAGCUGCAAUGGCAUUUACGACUGGGUCGACUUUCCUCCCAAGCAGAUGAGCAAGAAGGCCGCCGAGAGCCAAGACCGGCCCGCCAUCAAAGUCUACAAGAUCAAGGACAUCGAGAAACCCAUCAUGGCAGGGCGGUACUCCUUGACCUAUCACCAAAUCGCUAUCCAGAACCCGACUCUCGUCGCUGCCCUGGAGCCCAUCUUCAAGAAGGAAGAUGUUCACCUCGACCCUAGCGAUACGGCCACCUUUGAGGCCCCGUUCCGACCUCUCUUCUUUUGCUAUGAUGAGAUCCUAGACCUGUACAAGUCGACAGACGACAGCUCGCUCAAGGGGUAUUUGCAGCUCCUGGUGCGGACCCUGGACGACAUGCUAGGCGAGACGCGCGAGAAGAAGCGCAAGCUCCAGGCCAGCGGUCUGAUCAACUUCAAGAUGGCUUGGACUUACUUUCCGCGAAACUCCGUCGUCUACAGCAGCGCCCAGAACACGGAGCUGUUGUGCAAGGUAGAAGAUACAUCAUACGAGAGGACUGAUCGGGGCGUCUUCCUGAACAUCAAGUGCAAGAUUCUCACUUUCAAUGGGGAGAGCUUUGUGUGGUCCGACCAAGAGCUCCAUAUCCCCAAGUUCUCGGGGAACCGGCCGAUACUAGAGCUCAAUCACUACCCUCUGCAGUUUCACCUGAACAAAGAAGAACUACUCCAGAGAAUCCUCACGAGGGGCAAGAAGGUCUUGAAUCUUCAGGGGUUGACGUAUUGUACCUACAACGGCAUUGCCAUGGGCCCGAAGAGCAAGCACAAUGUAGAGGGCAGAAUCCUCAUUGAUGUUGUCGGGUUCAACAAGUACGAACGGACUCAGGGCAAGAGAGAAAACGACGACGCCGAGACGCGACGGAACCGUGUGACCAAGAAGCGCAUUCUCUACGAUGAUCACGGCGAGCCAGAAUUUGAAUCAGAGGCGAAGGAGAAGAAGCCAGAGGUCAAAAACGGCAGACAUCUCGGGGAGAAGGCGCAGUUGAAGAACAAAGAAGAGAUGCUCGCUCGUCCGGACGACCUCGUCUUCAUGUCUCCACUGAUUGAGGGGUUCGCCUUGAAGAACAAGCUUUGGCUUGGUUUCUACGUGGAGGAUAUCGAGCCCAUCGUCUGGAACGCCCAAGCAUACGACCAUCUAGUCUACGACGAGCAGCAAAAGGACCUGGUCCUGUCCUUCGUCGAGAAUCACGGCCACGCAAACAAGAGCGCGAUGGAAGAUGUCAUCGUUGGCAAAGGCCAAGGCCUCAUCAUCCUCCUCAGCGGCCCACCGGGAACUGGCAAGACACUCACAGCCGAAGCGGUCGCAGACAGAAAUCAACGCCCGUUGUUCUACCUGCAGGCCGAGGACCUCGGCAUCAACCCAUCGACGCUAGGCGAGAAGAUCAAGCGGGUAUUCGAGAUGGCGACCGAAUGGAACGCUGUGAUUCUACUCGAUGAGGCAGACGUGUUCAUGGCGGAGCGGAACCCCAACGACAUCGCGCGCAACGAGCUUGUAUCGAUCUUUCUACGCGAGUUGGAGUACUUCCGGGGAAUCAUCUUCUUGACUACGAACCUGUACAACACCAUCGAUACAGCGUUUCGGAGUAGAGUGAGCUUGCACCUGUUGUUCAAGGCGCUGAGCCCGGAUGCAAGGGAGCUCAUCUGGCGGAAGUUUCUUGGAAGGCUAUCUCAGCAAGAACUAAGUGAUGAAAGGAAAGGCCCGAGGAAGUUGCUCUCGGACGAGGAUAUCAAGGAGCUUGGGCAUUGGCAACUCAAUGGCCGUGAGAUUAAGACGGCUGUCAAGAUGGUGUCUAAGUGGUGCGAUCACAAGAACUAUGAAAUGAGUCUGGCUAGACUGGAGAAUGGCAUUCGGGUGACGAGUCCCCAUGCUUCGAAGCAAAAGGAGUCGGAUGAGGACGAUGAUUUGUAUAGUUAA